AUGAGGUUCUCACACAGCCCAGCGCUCAAGCGGUUUCUUUCCGACUUCACACUGGGAUUCUCAGAUGGACUGACUGUACCCUUUGCCCUGACGGCAGGGCUCAGUUCCCUCGGCAAGACAGACACAGUCAUUUCUGGAGGCUUAGCAGAACUAUGUGCGGGCAGCAUUAGCAUGGGAAUCGGUGGAUACCUAGCAGCUCGCGAUGAAACUCCCUCCCAGACCUGUCGUCAAUCCGACUCAGUCCACAAUGAAGAGAUGAGAGGUAUCCUCAGCUACGACACAAGCAGGGAAAGCGAUGAUAUUUCAGAACCUACCGAAAAGGUUCAGUCUCGGGCUGAGGAGCUUGUACGACUGCAUCUCGAGCCCCUGGACCUGCCUCGAUCUACCAUCUUGUCAAUUCUCGGCACUCUCCAAGAGGAGCCGACAGGCCUUCAACGUGCCGCCCUACGAUUACAGUCUUACCGAGAAGAUACUUUGUCUCCCACAGCAUCCUUUCUUCCAUCACCCAUCAUAUCUGGACUUUCAAUCUCCCUGGGUUACGCAGUAGGAGGCACCAUUCCUCUCUUCCCCUACUUCUUUGCCAGCACGGUGGGCUUGGGCUUGCAAUGGAGUAUUGGGCUUUGCUUGAUUGUGCUGUUUGGUUUCGGUUUUGGGAAGAGCUGGAUUUUGAAGAGCCAAGACUCCAGUGCUGUAGGGUGUCUCUUUGAAGGGUUACAAAUGUUGAUAUUGGGGGUGGCAGCAGCAGCGGCAGCAGUUACGUGUGUGCGAUUGGUUGGAGAGACGUAA